AUGGCGACCACCGAAGCGCACGUGGAGAUAGAUUUGAUAGAGGAUGACAUUGAAAUUGUGGAAGAAAAGCCAAAAGUUUGUCUUCGUGCAGGUCAAAGUAUAGUUGCAGUCAAGCCCGUAUUCUCCCAUGAUGGAAAAUGUCUAUUCUGUGUAUCUGGAACAACAGUUAAAGUGUUUAGUACAACUGGUGGGGGAUGUAUACGAGAACUAAAGGGGCACACACAGACUAUAACUGAUGUUUGUUUAAACCCCAGGAAUAGACUCCAGAUUUUAACAUGUUCUGUAGAUGGUUGGAUCAAACAGUGGGAUUAUACAGAUGGGGUUAUACUGCGGAAAUUUAAUGUGAAUACUCCGCUGUAUGGUAUUUUAUGUUAUAAAGAAACCUCCAAACUGACCGUUGCUGUCAUUCAGGAAAAGAAACCAAAAUCUAAAGGUUAUGAGUUAGUAAGAUAUGUGUUAUCUGAUUGGUUAAAUGACAGUAAACCCAAACCAUCUACACUGUUAGAUCAUUGUAGUGCAAAUAGAAAAAGUCUUCAUAUUGGUGCACAGGAUAAAUAUUUAGCAUCAAUACGAGAAAAAUCACUGGUUGUCGUUGAUUUGAAAAACGGGGAUAAACGAACUGUCAGUAAAGAUGAAAACUGUUAUACGUGUAUCACGUGUCAUCCAGUACAGCCUUGUAUUGUCAUUGGUGAUGAACUCGGUAGGAUACAUUUCUGGUGGAAUUUCUUCAAGAAAAAUCCUGUUGAGACAAGUUACCACUGGCACUCUUUGCCUGUUAAAUGUCUGGAAUUUACACAGGAAGGUUCUAAUCUACUAUCUGGUGGUCAUGAGUGUGUUUUGGUAAAAUGGCAGUUUGAUUCGAGUAACCGAGAUUUUCUACCCAGAUUGGGAUCUCCUAUCAAUCAUAUAACUUGUUCUCCUGAUAAUACAGUUUACGCCCUCUCACAGGAUGAUAAUGCUAUCCGACUGAUAUCCAACACCUACAGUCCAGUGUGUUUUUACCAGGGGUUAACAAGGGGUCAUAUGUCACAGGUCAAACCCAGAUCUUCAACUGGACUACUGUUUGACCCCCUGUCUAAAGCACUGGUCACUAAUGGACGUGUUGGUCAUCUACAGUUUUAUAAUGUACAUACAGAUAUUCAACUAUUCAAUUUAGACAUAACUUGUCAAAACUACAUCUCACCUGAUUCUUUAUCUAAAGACUCCAUGGCAACCCAGGUAACCAAGGCAACCUUCAAUCAUUGUGGUAAAUGGUUAGCAACAGCUGAAUACUGGUCCGCAGAAAAUCUCAGCCCGGAAAUAAGAAUAAAAUUUUGGAUCUUCAAUGAAGAAAAACAAACCUAUAUAUUGAAUACGAGUGUUGAAUUUCCUCACGAAGAAGAAAUACACUGGUUAAAAUUCCGUCCUUGGUGUCGUGGAAACAAAGAUUUAUUAAUGGUUGUCUCUACAUGUCAAGAUGGCAGCUUUAAACUGUGGUCUGCGGAGGACAGCACAGAUUUAUAUGGUACCGUUACAAAAUGGAUGUGUGAAUCUUCGAGCACGUAUCGUGAUCUACCAGCAGGUCAAGCAGAAUUUACAGAAGAUGGGUCUAUAUUAGGCGUGGUAUUUAAAUCUACUGUUACACUGUGGAACCCUGAUACUAAUGAACUGAAAGCAACGUUACACAGUAAUCUAGGAGACUUCAACAUUAAUAAUAUAAGUUUUGGGUGUAAUAAAUGUUGCCAGUAUUUAGUUACCACAUCAGAUGAACAUAUUACGUCCUGGAACCUCCUGUCUUUAUCAGUACAAUGGACAGUCAAUGUACGAGUGUCUACUCUGAUAGCAGAUCCAUUUUCAACUGUCAUGGCAGCUUUUACAACAGACAGACACUUAUUCGUAUUUGAACCAUCUAAGCCACAACCUGUUUAUAAACAUUCUACUGUCAGUCUGUCAGCCAUUACAGGAGCUGUAUUUAUACCUCACAACAAGUCUGAACAACACAAUAAAACAAGUGCUCUAUCUUGGCAGACGCAAUGUCAGCUGUACUUUAUGAAUAUGGAUCAGAAAUUAUCCACAGUAGAUUACGAAGAUCAUGAAGAUGACAGAUAUUCUACUUUAUCAGUAAAAUCCAACAUACCCAAAACACCAUUUGGUGAAUUGAUAGCUGAAAAAUCUACCAGAGACAAACAACCAGAAACUAACAUUGAUCUUCUACGACGAAAAGAUAGCAGUUUUGUUAAUGAGAUUUUAAUAACCUCUCCCCAUGUCCAACCACCAGUCACUGUCCUGUGUUCCAAGUUUCUACAAUCUUUGUUAAUUUCUGAGAAAAAAUCAUCACAAGAAAAAGAAGAAGAAGAGGAAGAAGAUUACAAGGAAACUCAUGAUUCUGAUUCAGAUUCAGAGAUGGACAUUAAAGACAACAAUAUAUCUAAUCAAAUGGAAAUAGACAUUCUAAAUAUAGAACAUUUAGAUAUUGAUAUAUCAAAGAACAAAAAAAAAGAGAGAGCGAAAAUUGAGGCUGUUUGCGCGGAAGAGUUCACAUGGUUUAAAGUUAAAAAAUGAACUGUGAAAAAUAUUUUCUACUCAUAUUGUUACCAGAAUAUAUGCAGCAUUGAAAGAGUCACUUGUUGUUUCUUAAGUUGACUCAUUGAGUCCUCACUCAGCAAAAAACAGCCACAUUUGCCAACUCUUUCUGGAAAUUAUUUUAUUUAUUUGGUGUUUACUCAUUUAUCAAAAACCACCUUCGAAUUUUAGCCAAGCAAACACAUGACUCUGCGCAAACCCAAUCUUGUCUUAAUUUCCUGACUUUUUGAUCAGACAACCAAUUCAAUCAGUUUUGUCAUUGAUUCUGGUGAUAACCCAAUAAGAAUAUUAUGCACAUUGAGUAACAUGGUUACAAGUUAUUUAUUAGGCAAUUAAACAUGUCAAAAGGGAGUAAUCCUAUUGCAGAAUAAAUCACUUUUCUAUUGAGUGGGUUACAUAAGUCUCCUUGUUAUUGUUUCAAAUUACAUUGAAUUGUCAGUUUCACAUCAUAUUCUAUUAUAACUCACAUGUUUGCCCAAUAAAUGAGUCACUCACCCAA